CAUUAAGCACCAAUGUGGUUAUGAAUUAUUCAGACAUCGAGUCUAAGGUUCGAGAAGCAACCAAUGAUGAUCCAUGGGGACCUUCAGGGCAGCUCAUGGGAGAGAUUGCCAAAGCUACAUUUAUGUAUGAGCAGUUUCCAGAACUUAUGAACAUGCUUUGGACUCGAAUGUUGAAAGAUAAUAAAAAGAACUGGAGGAGAGUUUAUAAGUCUUUGCUGCUCCUAGCUUACCUCAUAAGGAAUGGAUCAGAGCGUGUUGUUACGAGUGCCAGAGAACACAUUUAUGAUUUGCGCUCCCUGGAAAAUUACCACUUUGUAGAUGAGAAUGGAAAAGACCAAGGUAUAAACAUACGCCAAAAGGUAAAAGAAAUGGUAGAGUUUGCCCAGGAUGAUGAUCGACUUCGUGAAGAGAGGAAAAAGGCAAAGAAGAACAAAGACAAAUACAUUGGGGUUUCUUCUGACAGUGUCGGAGGGUUCAGAUAUGGUGAAAGGUAUGAUUCUGAGCCCAAGUCAAAAUGGGAUGAAGAAUGGGAUAAAAACAAGGGUGCUUUUCCAUUCAGCGAUAAACUAGGUGAACUGAGUGACAAAAUUGGAAGCACAAUUGAUGAUACCAUCAGCAAGUUCCGGAGGAAAGAUAGAGAGGACUCUCCUGAAAGAUGCAGUGACAGUGAUGAGGAAAAGAAAGCAAGAAGAGGUAAAUCCCCCAAAGGUGAAUUCAAAGAUGAAGAGGAGACUGUGACGACCAAACACAUUCAUAUAACGCAGGCCACAGAGACCACCACCACCACUAGACACAAACGCACAGCAAACCCUUCCAAAACCAUUGAUCUGGGAGCAGCAGCACAUUACACGGGAGACAAAACCAGUCCGGAUCAGAAUGUAGCUCAUACCCCACAAUCGACGGUAAAGGCUUCAGUACCUCCUGGCAGCAAGUCGUCUAAUGAUCUGUUCGAUCUGUUUGAUGGUGCUGGCCAGCCAGUCUCAACAGGUGGAUCGACUGACCCGUUCGGAGGAUUCGCUGACUUUGGCUCUGCUGCUGCCUCAGCAAGUUUCCCCUCACCACAAGGUACAGUAGCAAGUGGGAAUGGCGACUUCGGUGACUGGAGUGCCUUCAACCAAGCCUCUCCAUGUCCCAGUGCUUCAGCAGGAGAGCUCUUCAGUGGCACUGCCCAGCCAGCUGUAGAGCUCUUUGGUAGCUCACAGCCAGCUCUUGGCCAUCCUCCAGCUGCCUCAAAUUCUACUGACCUUUUUGAUUUGAUGGGUUCCUCUCAAGCAACCAUGGCUUCUUCGCAAAGCAUGAAUUUUGCUAUGAUGAGCUCUAGUGCGGUGGGCAUCAGUCUACCCAUGUCAAGGUCACAGCCUUUGCGGGACGUUAACACUAUGCUGCAGAAGCCCAGUCCUCUGUAUGGUCAGAGGACAGAGAUGGUCCAAAAAAAUGCCAGCAAAACUCUACCAUCCACUUGGUCAGAUCCCAGUGUAAAUAUCAGUUUGGACAAUUUAGUACCUGGAAUGCAGCCUUCCAAACCUCAGCAGCCAUCGCUUAAUACAAUGAUUCAGCAACAGAAUAUGCAACAACCUGUGAAUGUGAUGACUCAAAAUUUUGCAGCCGUGAGCCUCAACUCCCAGUCCAACGUGAUGCCUGUUCGACCCCCAACAAGUUCAUUGAUGGGAGGGCCCAUUCCUGUGGGAAUGGGGAUGCCCAGUGUUAUGACGGGUACAAUGGGUAUGACCUCCUUAGGAAACACACCUAUGAUGAACCAGGGAAUAAUGGGAAUGAAUGUGAACAUGGGGAUGCCAGCUGCUGGAAUGGGUUUGACAGGCACAAUGGGCAUGGGGGUACCCAAUAUAGCUUUGACCUCUGCUCUGACUCCUGGAACUGUGCAACCCAAGCAAGAUGCCUUUGCAAAUUUUGCCAAUUUUAGCAAAUAAAGAUUGUAAAGAAUUGGUCAGAGUGAAUGAAGGAUUUUUAGCUGCACAAAUAGAGCUGGGGGAGGGAUGGAGAACACUGAUCAAUACCUUUUUCCUUUUAUCGGUUAAUUAAAAUGAACCUACAUAAAGAACCAAAAGGCUAUUUUGUAAAAGCUUGAAACACCUAGCGUUCAAGCUCUGGGGAGACUAAAGGUUCUUCUGAUGAAUCAAUUGGAUGACUUUGCAAUUAAGAGGCCAUUGUUUUGUAGCAAGACCAUCAAAAGCCUUUCUAGAUGGAAGAACCAAUUUUAAUAUUGAAACUUGUGGGGAGACUGGAAUCGGUGUUGGGUAAAUCUGUUUGAAUCUAAUUUUAUACUUUUCUUUUUUUUCUUGAAGAGCUUGAUUUUUCUCUCCCUGAAUCGCUUUGUCAUAAUUGAAGCCAUUCCUUUUACUACCACUCUGAGUCCAUAUUGAAGUCACUCAAGUACAAUGAUCAGUUUUUUAUAAGAAUAUAUAUUUU